CAAAACACACCUCCUGAUCAUUCCAGUCAAACUUUGAACAAGAACAAUGCGUAUUAUUUCCGUCCUAGCCCUCUCUCUGGUGAUGGCCGCUCAGGCCUUCAUGCCCUCGAAUGGACCGUCAAUGGGUCGCUCUCGAGGCGUGAUGAACAUGCUCAAGGUGGGCGACGCAGCGCCUGACUUCGCCCUCAAGGACCAGAACAACAAGGUAGUGAAGCUAUCCACUUUCAAGGGAAAGAAGGAGGUUGUCCUUUUCUUCUACCCCAAAGACGACACACCCGGGUGCACAAAAGAGGCGAAGGCUUUUAGCGCUGCCCUGGGCGACUUCAAGAAGAAGGGGGCCGAGGUCUUCGGGAUUUCCAGUGACGAGGAUCACACCGCCUUUGUCGACAAGUACGGUCUGCAGAUGCAGUUACUCUCCGACGUGGGGGGAGCCACGCGCAAGGCUUACCAAGUUCCUUCCUCCCUCUUCGGCGCCUUGGAUGGCCGUGUCACCUACGUGAUUGGGAAGGACCAGAAGAUCCGUCUCAUCUACGACAACCAGUUUGCCCCUGAGAGCCACGUGGAAAAAUCCCUUGGAACCCUGGCUUAAGGUGUCUUCAAGGACACGGGAAUUGACGCAGCCCGGCGAAGCGGGGUUCCGGCAAGUCAAGUCAAGCAGCCAAAAAGAGGGAUAAAUGAGAUACAGAGCGUAGGAGAGAAGAAGAAUGAUGGCAUCCAGGGGGCUCAUCGGCUGGUGUGUCAGUGGAACGAAAUCCUUCCUUCCCUUUCAAAUUACACGGCACACGUGAAUAACCUCGAGUCCGUGCACUUGAAUGACACCACCUCCUUUUCUUAGUUGUCUCUGAUGCUGUCUUCCCUCGUCUCUUUGGACUCUUGGCGGUUCCAUCCUCCUAUAUAUCACACAUCCACAUGUCCUUCCGCUAUCACCUCUUAUGUUGGAGCCGGUGAACUGCCCUCCAUCCUCCUCCAUCUGCCAUUUACUCAAACUUAUUCGUCACUCAUACAUCCACUUAUCCUCGUCCAAUGAUGCCGCCAGUUUCUUGAGCGUUGCGCAGACAUCGGUCACGGUACUAUGAUCCCAGGACGCAUGCAUAGCCUGAUCGCUCUCCUCGUCCUUCGCCAGAGCCACCCAAGCAUCCGUUUUGUCCUGUGAGCUAUUUUCAUCAGACCACGGGCACUGCUGAUUCGUUUCCUGUCCAUCGGGGCUCUCCUCCAUUCUAUCUCUUCUUUCCGCAACAUCUCGCCGUAUCCGUUGUGCGGGCGAAGCGGACGGGUUCAGUCGUUGAUACGUUGUUCUUAUUCUUCUAGCAGUCAAAGACUCUGCGCUAGCUCCACGUAAGACAGGGGUGGUAAGAGUUGAAGUCUGUGAUACACUUUCAAUCGCUACGUUGCCAGGUACAUUUGCAUAACCCCCGGGAAGUGACGCAGGAUUGGAAUGAGCUCCCCUUGUUCUUGGGGUCGGAACGCCACGAUUUGAAACAGCAGAGGCGGGAACAGGCACGCGCGCAGCAGAAGAUGAGGACCGUCUAUUUACACUCAUAAUAUUUGAUGGUAACACGUGCUGUGUU